AUGGGAAGAUAUGAGCUCCUAAUAUGCACAGCUCGCCACGCGAAGACGGCCAAGCGGGGACGAAACGAGAAAAUGAAAGAUAUUCAAUACCACACUGUACAGAACAGUAGCAAUAAUAUUUGCGAUUUAGCGACAUUGCAUGGCAUGGUAUGGCAUGAUUUGGCACGGAGCGGCAUGGUAUGGAGCGAAACUGAACGGAAGGACAUGAUGCAUAGCAAGGAGUAUAGGAUAGGACAGGACAUGACAUGA